AUGACUUCUACAUCUGUAAAGGUUGCCUUAAGAAUUAGACCGUUGAGCGGAAAAGAGACCAUCCAAGGCUGCAAUGAGUGCCUAACACUUAUCCCCGAUGCUCCGCAACAAAUUCUCAUUGGAACUGACCGCUCAUUCACCUUUGAUUACGUUUUUCCUUCGGAUACUGAACAAGAGGAAGUUUUUCAAGAUUGUGCAAUAUCUCUUCUUGAUAAAUUUAUUGAAGGUCAAACCGGUAGUGGUAAAACUUAUAGUAUGGGUACAGCCCUUGAUGGCUCAAACAUUUCAGCUGAUCACAUAAGUGAAGCUGCGGGUAUGGUCCCACGUUCGAUACAUCGUCUGUUUGACGAUCUUAACGACAGAAAAUCGAAGAAUCCUUCCUACCAAUUCGAAGUCUUUGUGACUUUUCUUGAAUUAUAUAAUGAAGAUCUUGUAGAUUUAUUAAAUCAUCAAAAUCGUGAUAAUAUUAAAAAAGGAAAAAGUGAAUUAAUGAUAAGAGAAGAUUCGAACGGCCAUAUUUAUUGGGCUGGCUCUUCGUAUCGAACUGUUGCAUCCACUGAUAUGAACAUGGUAUCUUCACGGUCACAUGCCAUUUUCUCUGUUAUCCUAAAACAAACAAGAGUUGAAAAUAUAGAGGAUAAUAAAGAAAAUAGUAUACCUCCCGCUGAAAAUUCUUCUAAAAAGAAAAAAUCAAAAACUUUAACCUCCAAAUUAGUUUCAAAAUUUCAUUUUGUGGAUUUGGCUGGUUCUGAAAGACUAAAAAGAACUAAUGCUGUGGGUGAUCGUGCAAAAGAAGGCAUAGCAAUAAACGGGGGUCUUUUGGCCCUAGGAAAUGUUAUCAGUGCUCUUGGUGAUGAAUCACGGAAGGCAACUCACGUUCCAUAUAGAGAUUCAAAAUUGACAAGAUUAUUACAGGAUUCUCUUGGUGGUAACAGGUAA